CUUCGACUCUCGUGAACCCCCCACUGUCACUCAAUGCUAUAGGGUUACAGGCUUGGAGCCAAUCAAAGAUAAUUGAGACAGAAGAACCAGACAUCCUCAACACCAUCGUCUCAGACUCUCAGCAUUCAAAGACCCCUUUGUAUUUUCUUCUUCCAAAUUCUGUUCUUGUAAUUUUGUUACAAUCCAACCAUGGCUUCCACUAGCAAUCCCAAGAGACCCUCUUCUUCUUCUAAUUCUAAAUGGAGGUACGAUGUGGUCUUGAGUUUCAGAGGCGAGGAUACCCGCAACAACUUUACUAGUCAUCUCUACAAGGCUUUGGAUCAUGCCAACAUUGAAACCUUUAUAGAUGAUGAAGGACUUCCAAGGGGAGAAGAGAUUGCGCCCGAGCUCCUAAAAGCUAUUGAAGGAUCAAGGAUUGCCCUUAUUGUCUUCUCGAAAACCUAUGCUCAUUCCAAGUGGUGCUUGGAUGAACUCGUCAAGAUCAUGGAGUGCGAGAAAGAAAAGGGACAACAGGUUUUUCCUAUUUUCUAUCAUGUAGAGCCGUCUGAAGUCAGGAACCAGACUGGGAUUUAUGGAGAAGCAUUUAACAAUCACGAAAGAAAUGCAGACGAGGAGAAGAAGAAGAAGAAGAUAGAGCAGUGGCGGACUGCCUUAAGGAAAGCUGGUAAUUUGAGUGGAUUUCCUCUGCAGGAUAGAUUUGAGUCAGAGUUUAUUCAAGAAAUCAUUGGUGAGAUUCGAAGAUUAACUCCUAAGUUGGUACAUGUUGGUGAGAACAUAGUUGGAAUGGAUGAAAAUUUGAAAGAGGUGGAGUUAUUGAUAAACGCCCAAUCAAAUGGAGUGAGCAUGGUUGGGAUUUAUGGGAUUGGUGGGAUUGGUAAAACUACCAUUGCCAAGGUUGUUUACAAUGAUAUGUUAGAUCAAUUUCAACGUCACAGCUUUCUUGAAAAUGUGAGGGAGAAAUCUAAAGAUGAUCAUGGUUUGCUUGAAUUACAAAAAAAACUUCUUUGUGAUAUCCUAAUGGAGAAAAAUCUGAAGUUAAGAAAUAUUAAUGACGGUAUCAAAAUGGUAAAGAGGAAGUGUCGCAUUGAAAAGGUUCUCAUUGUUCUUGAUGAUGUAGAUUGUCAAAAACAAUUAAAAUUCUUAGCUCCUAAUUCUGAAUGUUUUCAUCAAGGAAGCAUAAUCAUCGUGACCACGAGAAAUAAACGUUGCCUAGAUGUACAUAAGUCAUAUUCAUCAUAUGAGGCUAAGGGAUUAGCACACACGCAAGCUAAGGAACUCUUUUGUUGGAAUGCCUUUCAGCAAGACCAUCCCGAGUAUGAGGACCUCUCUAAUUGUAUACUAGAUUAUGCUAAAGGCCUUCCAUUGGCUCUUGUAGUUUUGGGUUCUUUUCUCUAUCAAAGGGAUGUGGAUUACUGGGAAAGCACACUGCAUAAACUAAAAACAAACCCUCUUGAGGAUAUUCAAAAGGUACUCCAGAUAAGUUAUGAUGGACUAGAUAAUAAAUGGAAGGAGUUGUUUCUUGAUAUUGCAUGUUUCUUCAGAAAUGAGGAUAAAAAAGUUGUUACAAGAAUACUAGAAGGUUGCAAAUUCCAUCCUAAGUCUGGACUAACGGUUCUUCAUGAGAGGUGUCUUAUUUCUAUAACAGACGACACCAUAAGGAUGCAUGACUUGUUACAAGAAAUGGGUUGGGCAAUUGUUCGCCAAAAUUUUCCAGAACAUCCUGAAGAAUGGAGCAGAUUGUGGGAAUUACAGGAUAUUAAAAGUGUUUUACCACAAAAUAAGGGGACAAAAAACAUAGAGGGGAUAUCCAUAAAUCGGUCUUGGGAUAGUAAAAAACGUAUACAACUUACUGCUGAAGCUUUCAGAAAGAUGAAUCGACUUAGAUUGCUCAAAGUUAAAGGCGAUAUGGUGCAGCUUUCCUAAGACUUUGAAUUGCCUUGUCAUGAUUUAGUAUAUUUUCAUUGGGAUAACUACCCUUUGGAAUAUUUGCCAUCAAAUUUUCAUGUAGAAAAUCCUGUUGAACUUAACCUCUGGUACAGCAACAUAGAACAUCUUUGGGAAGGAAACAUGCCUGCUAAAAAGUUAAAAGUCACUGAUCUUAGUUAUUCCAGGCAUCUGGUUGACAUUUCAAACAUCUCAAGUAUGCAAAAUUUGGAGACUCUAAUUCUAAAAGGAUGCAAGAGACUUGAGAGUCUUCCAAGGAACUUUCAUAAGCUGGAAUGCCUUCAAACACUCUCUUGUGAUGGCUGUUCAAACUUAAAAGUUUUCCGAAGAUCAAGGAAGAAAUGAGAAGUCUAAGAAAGCUUAAUUUAAGUCAUACAAGUAUAAUGGAAUUAACAUCAUCAAUUAGGCAUCUAAAUGGGCUUGAAGAGUUGGACUUAAGUAAUUGCAAAAACCUUUUGAGUCUUCCGGACAGUAUUGGUAGUUUGAACUCUCUUCAAACUCUCGAUCUAGUUGAGUGUUCAAAACUAGUGGGUUUUACAAAUAUCAAUAUUGGAAGUCUAAAAGCUCUUGAAUAUUUGGAUUUGUCAUGGUGUGAGAACCUUGAGAGUCUUCCAAAUAGUAUUGGUAGUUUGAGCUCUCUUCAAACUCUUUUAUUGAUAGGGUGUUCAAAAUUGAAGGGCUUUCCAGAUAUCAAUUUUGGAAGUCUAAAAGCUCUUGAAUUGUUAGAUUUCUCACACUGCAGAAACCUUGAGAGUCUUCCUGUGAGCAUUUACAAUUUGAGCUCUCUCAAAACUUUGGGGAUUACAAAUUGUCCAAAACUCGAGGAAAUGUUAGAGAUUAAAUUAGGGGUUGAUUGGCCAUUUUCACCUCUAACCUGUCACAUUUCAAAUUCAGCAAUAACCUGGUAUGAUGACUGGCAUGACUGCUUUUCCUCAUUAGAAGCAUUAAACCCACAGUGCCCCCUGUCAUCACUGGUAGAAUUAUCUGUAAGAAAGUUUUAUGGCAUGGAAGAAGACAUCCUCAGUGGCAGUUUCCACCUAUCCUCAUUGCAAAUAUUAUCUCUAGGGAACUUCCCUAGCGUGGCAGAAGGAAUCCUCGAUAAGAUUUUCCAUCUAUCCUCGUUGGUAAAAUUAUCUCUUACUAAAUGCAAGCCAACGGAAGAAGGAAUCCCUGGUGAUAUUUGGAACCUAUCUCCACUGCAACAAUUAUCUCUACGUGACUGCAAUCUAAUGGAAGGAAAGAUCCUCAAUCAUAUUUGCCAUCUAACAUCCUUGGAAGAAUUAUAUCUGGGUUGGAACCAUUUUAGUAGCAUACCUGCUGGCAUCAGUCGACUUUCUAAUCUAAAGGCCCUUGACUUGAGUCAUUGCAAGAACCUUCAACAAAUUCCAGAGCUUCCAUCAAGUCUACGAUUUUUAGAUGCGCACUGUUCGGAUGGUAUUUCAUCAAGCCCCUCGCUUCUACCUAUUCAUUCUAUGGUCAAUUGCUUCAAAUCAGAAAUUGAGGACCGCAAGGUUAUUAAUCAUUAUUCUUACUUCUGGGGCAAUGGAAUUGGUAUUGUUAUUCCUAGAAGUAGUGGAAUUCUAGAGUGGAUAACAUAUCGGAAUAUGGGAAGGAAUGAAGUAACAGUAGAGCUCCCUCCGAAUUGGUAUAAAAAUGAUGACUUGUGGGGAUUUGCUUUAUGCUGUGUUUAUGUUGCACCUGCCUAUGAAUCUCAGUAUGAAUUAGGUCAUAUAUCUAAGGAUGACGCUGAACUUGAAGAUGAAGGACCAGGGUUCUGUUGUGAUUUGAGUAUCGAAGGAAAUAAUCAAUCAGGAGACGUGGGUUUUUUCCUUCUUUAUUCUUGCUGUGUUAAAUAUGAUGUGUCAGAUAUGCAGUGGGUGAUAUGUUAUCCCAAGUUAGCUAUUGAGGAAAGUUAUCACACCAAUCAAUGGACACACUUCAAGGCUUCAUUUGGUGGUGCCCAAGUGGAAGAGUGCGGAAUCCGUCUUGUAUACACAGAAGAUUAUGAACAGAAGCAUCCAGCAAUGGCACAAGGCAGUACUUCUCAUGGGAAUUUUGGUGAGCAUGGAUCGGUAAGAGAAGAUACUGAUAGUAAGCUCACAAUAAAAGGAAUCCCACAGAACAGAGCCCAAGAGAGGAGUCACACCAUAAAAGAUCCAUAGAAACCCAAGACUGAUCCCAAGUAUUAGGCUCAACCACACUUGCAUCACUAAUGCUAUCUUUACUGGUAAUUCAUCUUCCUUUCUCUUUCUAAUUCAAAGGUCAGAAUUUUUUUUUAUCGUGUUUCUCCUUUUUAUUUGUCUUUUUCCCCAAGACAAACAAAACUUUGAGGCUAUCACCCAUGGGCGCAAACUUCAAUGGUACACCUCCCAAGUUUGUUUUUCUCUCUCUCCAACCGUCUUUCCCUAGAUUUUUCUGCAUUUUCUUCAAACCCAUAUUUCCAUAUGAAAUUCAAUUACAUUCGAGCAUUUCAAUCUCUGUAGCUACUGUCUGAAUCAUUUAUAGGGUUUCUUUUUUCUGGAAGUUUGUAAUGUUAUUGAUUUAAGACUUCAUGUUUGGGGAUGUUUUGGGUGGCUUGUUCACUGGUAUUAAUUGUGAUAAUUGCAGCUCUGGUGCUUUCAAUGACUUUGACAAUAGUCGAAACUAUGUUGAAUGCUUGUACCAAGGGAAUGGACUUCAGUUGCUCUAGGGUUAGUGCUAUAACAUCAGUAUUCACUCUUCAAGAAUGUAUAUAGUUGUUGUUUUGGAAUUUUGAAAUUACUUAGCAUCAGACAAUUUCUAACUCGGGAUUUGGAUUGGGAACCAUAAGUUAUCAUUAGAGAGUGUAUGAGAAGGAAUUUUAGAGUGAGAUGGGUGAUGCAUGUUGAGGGAUGAAAGAGGGAUGUAUCUCACCCUAGAGUUCUUUGGAAUAAUUAUAGGAUUUUGUAAGUAACUUUGGACUUACUUGCAAUGUUCUGGAUUUGUGAAUAAUUUAUAGAAUGCAUUGGGUUUUUUUUUUUUGUUUUUUUUUUUGGUCCAUAAGAAACUAAAAGAACUUUGAGAGUGAAUAAUGUAUGACUGUACUCUUCUCUAUCUCUCUGGUCAUAGCACACGUAUGAUUUGGUACUUUUUUGCAGGCUUCAACAGCAGCAAAGCAUCUGGUGGCUUGCAGUACUAAUCUUACAUUAUAUUCUCUGUUUUGCAAUCAUUUGGUACUUUUUGUCCCAACCAAGGAUAGCUCUGUGCAACAGUCUCGACUGUGGAACAAGUAAAACAAAUGGUACCUGCUGAAGCUGAGAGGGCAGAUAAUAAAUUGGUGCGGAAGGUGGUCAACCAAAAGAAUCAGACAGCAAAAACUAAAAAAGCCGAUGAAGCCUGCUACUGAAGCAGUCUCAGCACCUGUUUCUAGGAGGGGUGAGAUUGAAGUGACUGAAGAAAAGGAGCGUGAGCAAACAAAGAAGGAAGAGGAGUUGGCCAGGAAGGUAGAGGAAUUGAGAAGUGAAGAGGAAGCAGCCAUGUUGAAGGAGAAAAGUCUGUUGGAGGAGAAAGCCAACGUUAAGAAGGCAUUGGAAAGGAAACAAGGAACUGCAGAAAAGGCCAAUUUCUCUGUGAGUGCUGCCACCUUUUCGUGAUACAGCCAUAAUAAUGGAUGUUAAAAGCAGUCUAACUCUACAUGGCGUUUAUUUUCCCCAGCCAUAGAUUGGAAUCUGCCAGUCUGACUCUCAUAAGAAAGAAAAUUUUCCAUCGAUCCUCGUAUGGAUUAUUGGAGAAGAUUUUAA